UGAUCGAUCAAUGGAGAGAGCCGAAGACGUCGGCUCUGUCAUGUGAUCAGCUGUGUCCAAUCACAGCUAAUCGCAUGGCACUGAUGAGCAGUGUGCCCUGAUGAUCAGUGUAGCCCCAUCAGUGCCACCUGUCAGUGUCCGACAAUGCCAGCUCUCAGUGCCCAUCAAUGCCACCUGUCAGUGCCCAUCAGUGCCAUAUCAGUGCCACAUAUCAGUGUCUACCAGUGCACAUCAAUGCCACAUAUCAGUGCCCAUCUGAGCUGCCAGUCAGUGCCAACUAUCAGUGCCAGUCAGUGCCGCCUAUCAAUGCCAGUCAGUGCCACCUAUCAGUGCCAGUCA